AUGACGGACCGCGACGUGCUCCCUGGGCACAUCAAGCCCUCCCACUACGUUGUCUCGCUCAAGGACCUCGACUUCAAAAAAUGGACAUACAAGGGCACUGUCUCUAUCGACGCCCAGAUCACCGCCCCUACCAAAGACAUUGUCCUCAACACUCUUGAGAUCAAGCUCCUCGACGCCAAGGUCACAACUGAUCAGAAGAACUACGAGACCAAGAAGUUCUCCUACGACGAAAAGGCCCAGCGUGCCACCAUCUCUUUCGACGAUGAGCUGCCUGUCUCCAAGAAGUCUCGCGUUGUGCUCGACUUUGAGGGUAUCAUGAACAACGAGAUGGCUGGCUUCUACCGUUCCAAGUACAAGCCGACUGUCGAGCCUUCCAAGUCUGUGCCUCGUGACGAUGAGUGGCACUACAUGCUCAGCACCCAGUUUGAGUCUUGUGAUGCGCGCCGCGCAUUCCCCUGCUUCGAUGAGCCCAACCUCAAGGCCACUUUCGACUUUGAGAUUGAGGUCCCCACGGAUCAGGUCGCGCUUAGCAACAUGCCCGUCAAGUCCACCACCCCCACCAAGGACGGCUGGAACAUGGUGUCUUUCGAGACCUCUCCGAUCAUGAGCACAUACCUGCUUGCCUGGGCUGUCGGCGACUUUGAAUACGUCGAAAAGUACACUGAUCGCAAGUACAACGGAAACCCCAUCCCUGUCCGUGUCUACACCACGCGCGGGCUGAAGGAGCAGGGUCGCUGGGCUCUCGAGCACGCCCCCAAGAUCAUUGACUACUUCUCCGAGAUCUUCGAUAUUGAUUACCCUCUGCCCAAGUCGGAUCUCCUGGCGGUGCACGAGUUUACUCACGGUGCCAUGGAGAACUGGGGUCUCGUAACCUACCGCACCACACAGGUCCUCUACGACGAGAAGACCUCCGACCCCCGCUUCAAGAACUCGGUUGCCUACGUCGUGGCUCACGAGCUUGCUCAUCAGUGGUUUGGUAACCUUGUCACAAUGGACUGGUGGGAUGAGCUGUGGCUGAACGAGGGCUUCGCCACCUGGGUCGGCUGGCUCGCUGUCGACCACCUGCACCCCGACUGGCAGGUCUGGUCUCAGUUCGUCAACGAGGGUAUGGAGGCCGCUUUCCGCCUAGACGGUAUUCGCUCUAGCCACCCUAUUCAUGUUCCUGUUCGCGAUGCUCUCGAUGUCAACCAGAUCUUUGACUCGAUCAGCUACCUCAAGGGCUGCUCCGCUAUCCGCAUGUUGGCGAAUCACCUUAGUGUCGAGACCUUCCUUAAGGGCGUUUCCAACUACCUCAAGGCUAAUGCCUACAGCAACGCCAAGACCAAGGCUCUGUGGGAUGCAUUGAGCGAGGCUUCCGGCAAGAAUGUCGACGAGAUCAUGCACCCUUGGAUCUCCAAGAUCGGACAUCCCGUUGUCACGAUUGCUGAAGAGCCUGGUCAAAUCUCCAUCAAGCAGUCUCGUUUCCUGUCCAGUGGCGACGUCAAGCCCGAGGAGGACACCACAACCUGGUGGAUCCCUCUUGGUCUUGAGGGCAAGAAAGGAGAGGCCGGUAUUGCCGCCCUGUCUCUCGAGAAGAAGGAGGAUACCAUCCGCGGUAUCGACGACGAUUUCUACAAGCUGAACAGCGGUGCCACGGGCUUCUACCGUGUCAACUACCCGCCGGCGCGUCUGGCCAAGCUAAGCCAGCAGCUCGACAGGCUGAGCACCGAGGAUAAGAUUGCCAUCAUCGGGUCGACCGCUGACCUUGCCUUCUCCGGCAAUGGUACUACAGCCGCCCUUUUGACGUUCCUCCAGGGCUUCAACAAGGAGACCCACUCUCUGGUUUGGAGCCAGAUCCUCGACACCAUUGGCUCCAUCAAGUCUGUGUUUGGCGAGGAUGAGCAGCUCAAGAAGGGUCUCGACAACUUUGCCCUCAAGCUCGUUGACCAGAAGGUCAAGGAGAUUGGCUGGGACUUCCCCGAGGGCGAGGACUACCUGGUCGGAAUCCUGCGCAAGUCCCUGAUUGGCACCGCUGUCGCUUCCGGCCACCCCGAGAUCACCGAGGAGGCUCUCAGGCGCUUCGAUGCCUGGGCAGAGAAUGAGGAGGCCAACCCCAUCCAGCCGUCGCUCCGUGCUUCUGUCUGGCGUGCCGGUGUGCAAAAGGACCCCGCCCGCGCCGUUGACAUUCUGAAGAAGGAGUGGUUCAACACCAAGUCCAUUGACGGCAAGCUCUUCUGCUUGAGCGUCCUGGGCCUCACCAAGGAUGCCGACGUCCUGCAAAAGUCCAUCAUCCCCUUCAACUUCAACACCUCGCCCCCCUCGGACGCCGUUCCCAGCGCCGACAUGCACGUCCUCGCCGGGUCGCUCUCGAACAACGUGAUCGCCCGCCCCAUGCAGUGGGAGUACACCAAGAAGAACUGGGAUGCCAUUGUCGCCAAGAUUGGCAACCCGAUUGUCGUGGACCGCUUUGUCAACGUCAGCUUGAGCCGCUUCACCAGCGAGGACGCUGUCGCCGACAUUGACUCUUUCUUCGCGGACAAGGACACGAGCAGCUUCAACAGGACGUUGAGCACGGUCAAGGACAAGAUUCGCGGACGUGCUGCGUACAAGCAGCGUGACGCUGCCAACCUCAAGGAGUGGCUCAGCAGCCACGGCUACAUGUGA